AUGUCCUGUGUGGAAGUAUCCCGUGUAACAGACUCUUGUCCUCCCAUAGGAUGGCUAACGUUGGUGAACGAGAACUUUGAGCAGCCCCUGGUUCUUGUGUUUUACCCUCUGGAGAUAUCAAUCCGGAAUUCCAAUGGGGUAAGGAUAACGACAUUCCAUUCAUCCAACAGAAUCGCCGCAUUUGCUAAAAUAAAGCCAGCUGGUCAGGAAAGUGAUUGGCUUUUGGUUCUGACGGAAUUGAACGAUUUUUACAUUCUAGGUCUAAGGACAAGCAUCGAGUCUGAAUUUGUAGAUGUCGUUGUCAUCAAACAGUUUAUGUUCACAGACGUUAUGCUGGGUAACCGCCCGAAGUUGGAUUUGGACAAUGAACGGAAAAUAGUUGUAUCCCAGAGAUGUUUUGUUAAGGUGGAUCCAAGCGGUCGGUUCAUUAUCAUCCAUUCCACCCUUGGCUUUCUCAUUGUUCUCGAAUUGAAACCAUCAAAGAGGAAUUUGUUCUCAAGUGCCAUAUCAAACAAACAGGACAAGCAAACAAUUACAAAUAAAAGGCUCCUUGAGCUAGAUAGAUAUAAGGUUGUUACAGAUCCAGUUGUUUUUUGGAUCGGCAACGAAAAGCUAGUUGAUCUACAAAUAACACAACACAUAAACGAUUCUCUUUGGUUUGUCUCCACAUUGACUCAAUCACUCCAAAUGGAUUACACUAAAAGAGACUUUCUGUUGACUAAAGUGAAGAAACUUUGCCUAGAGAAAUCGUCGUCACAGACUGUGGAUGUCAAACCAAAUCUAGUUGUUUCCAACUCGUAUUUCCAUAUUUAUGUCUUCAACGAUGCCCAUGUAAUUUAUCCUAAUCCUGGGUUUGAAAUUAAAUGCCAUUUGAGCAAUGAAAAUGCCACAAUCAUUGAAAACCGCAUCAUCUUGAAUUUGAACCCGAAUGAGGGUUUAGGAGAAGUCUUUCAGCAUAUAAUCCUAAUUGAUGAUCACUCAUAUCUUAUCUUUACUGUCGACGGUCAAUUUUAUUAUCUCCAUGUUGAUUAUGAAAUACAGUGUCCUGAUCAGGAACAUGCUGGUGUUAAUAAAAGAACCCGAAGUAGCUUUGAAGAAGAUCGUGUCAAUAUGGCUCAGGAGGUGAUUAUAAAAGAGUGGAAACUUCGGAAAUUAAACAACGUUGAUUUCAUGUUUCAUUUCCAUAUAGACAAAAUUGAUAAUCAAUACACUACUAUAAAUAAGCACUCCAGGCAAGUUACAUUUAAACUGGAUAAUUUCGAUAUAAUUGAUGUCAAUGUUGCUGAAUCUACAAUUUCCCUGCCCAUAUCGAGCAUAUCGUUUGAUUGUGAUGAACUAUGCUAUACAUGUGGAGAUUCGGGUUUAUCACUAAUCAAAUCUUCAAACCAUGAAAUAAUGAAGCAAAACGAAAGAAUUAAGUACCAUGUGACUUUGGGAGAAUUCAUGAUCACCCUCAAUGAAGUAUACCAACCGGAACAUUCUCAAAGAAUCGAUGUCUACUCAAAAAAUAAAUCAUUAUUGUCCUCUUACGAAAUUGAGAGAGAUGCAAGUGUUUUAGAAAUCUUCCCUUUUCAUGAUAUCAAGCCGUAUUUACCAGGAGAAAAUGAUUUUCUACCUUCCGAGGUUCAAUCUGUAGAAAAGUUGCUUGAGAGUAGUUUUAUUGUUUUAACUUCAACUUCAAAUAUUGAUGAGUACGAUACAGAAGAAGAGUACUACAUGAGAAAUAGAACGGAAUUCUUACUGUUCACAAUCCAGUCACAAAAGCACCUGGAGUUGAAGACACUAUCAGUAUUAAAAUCAAAGAUCCAUUCAAUAACAAAGUUGGAUGAAAGGAGCUUUUUAUGCUGGAAUGCGCAAAAAUGUUUCACCAUGGGACUCGAGCUAUAUCGUGAUCCUGUGGAGACUUCGAAUCACUUACAAAUCAAAUUCAUUAAAAUAGAUGAACAAAUGAUGACGGGUGAUUUGGACACAAUUUCGAUAUCGAAGAGAUUAAACUCAUCUUUCGUACUAUUAGUUGACCCCUACAAGGGAAUUUACGUUUCAAGAAUUAACCAAAGUAACAAAGUUAGUAAAAGACCGCGAUUAAUGUUCAAUUGGAACCUCAUCAGCACCUUGGAUGUAUUCUCAGAAAAUACCAUAAUAGUAGGUGAUAUUUUAGGUAAUGUCAUAAUAUUCAGUGUUGACUAUAAGCUAGGUAAAGUACCAGCUGUGCAGGUCUUUUCCAGGUUUAAUCUCAAUUCUGGUGGAAUCGGUGUCAUCAAAUGUCGAGAACAAAAGAUGACAAAUUCUGAGACAAUCGAAUUUGCCUUUGUGGGUACUUCAGAUGGUGCUAUAUUCCAGUUGAAUAUUCAUAGAGAUUGGAGAAAGUCUGCCAAGUCUUUGAAUUCAUUUAUGAAAGCGGAAGUUGAGAAGUGGCAGAACAAUUUUGAAAUGGUAGCUGAUUCUAAUGAUGUUCUACUGAGAAGUAUUAACUUGGUUGAUCGUCCAUUGCUAGAUGAUUAUUUCAGAGUCACCACUACAACUAAAUCGCUGUUUUUAAGAACGUUGCCUAUUUCAAUAUUUGAUAUUGCAGUAGAGAAAGAAAACAUUGUAAUUAUGUAA